UAUAUAUAGUGUACGUUGUUACGUUCUACAACUGCUAACAUCUUAUACUGUGCAGUAUUAAAAUAUACUGUUGUUAGUGUUACUAGUGGACUAAUUUUACUAAUAGAUCUCCACUAUUACUGGCUAACAUUGCAGGAUCGGGUGUUUUGACUGACAUACUGUUUAACUUAAUGUGUGUGCAAUAAAUUGAAGCAUGACAAUUACAGAAUGAGCAGGAUGUACUAAUAACAGACGUGAUCUAAGUGAAGAAUUAUGCAACGAACAAAGGCACUCUUUAUAACGAUUCUCACGGCCAUACUACUGGUCAUUUAUAUAGUCAACCCAAAGACGUAUGGUGAUCAAUAUCAGGUAUAUGGAUCCACACAUGCUCAGUGCGUCGGAAGCAAUGAUGGAAUAACAUCAGAAGUAACCAAAAGGAGAAACGAACUAUCUAGACAAUUAAAUGAUAUGAGCAAAAAACUAGGACAAAUAGAAUGCGAGAGACAACACGUUAAUAAAAAUGGUGGAUGGUGCAGGCAUUUAAGUUUGGAAGCAACUGGAGAACAUAAAACCGAUUUCAAACUUGUAAAGGGUUUAUCGCGAUUCCUUGAAGGGAAAAACGUAGGUAGCUUUGGGGAUGGACCCGGUGUUUACAAGCGUGAAAUACUCAAAUUAGGACAAGUCAAAUCCUACGAUGCAUAUGACGGAGCGCCAUUUUGUGAGGAAACGAGUGAAGGGAGAGUUCAAUAUAUGGAUCUAACUAUUGCACAAUAUGGAAUACCUCUUUAUGACUGGAUUGUGUCGUUAGAAGUUGCCGAACAUAUACCUAAACAGUAUGAGAGUGUUUAUUUAGAUAAUAUAUUUAGACAUGCUCGGGAGGGUAUAAUAUUAAGUUGGGCUGUGCUAGGGCAGGGCGGAAUGAGUCAUAUUAAUAAUAAACCCACUAGUUAUGUGGUUAAUUUGAUGAAGAAUAAUGGAUUUGUCAAAGACGAGGAGCAAUCAAAACUGUUGAGAAAAUCUACCUCUCUAUGGUGGUUACAGCAAAAUACAAAUGUUUAUAAACGAGUUGAUUUUCUGAAGUUUAAAAAUGAGACUUAUAUGAGUCAGUACUAUACGUAGAAAUAAUUCAUCAAUCAAUUUAGAAAAAAAAAUAUAUUCUUAUACUUUUUUAAAGAAUAUUUUCUGCUUUCAAUUGUUUAAACGACAAAUAAUGCUAGAAUUUGUCUAUACAAAAUUCGAAAUUUAGUGUCAUAUAUAUUUUAAGGUAACAUGGCGUGAUAAACGGGACAAUACCAUUGGCCGAAAUUACCUCAGAAAAACGAUGAGAUAAAGCAGUUUUAUGACAAUAUUUCAUAGAAGAAUGCUAAAAUGUUAGUCAAACACGUACUUGGUGCUUUUUGUCUAUAUGACGCAUUGUAUAUAAAUUUAAAGUAGUA